CUGAAAUAUGAUAUUAUGGAAAAUUAAAGUUGAAAUUUCAAGAAAAAUUGAGAAUCAAAUAGGGUUCCAUACUCAUCAGAACAGAUCAGACAAUUCUCUCCAACUUUUUAAUCAGCCGGCGCAGGAAAAUUACGGUAACUUUUCAAUAUUUUUAUACAUAGUUAUUCCGCAAAUUUGGCCAUGAAUCUUGCUUGUCAACUAUGAUAUCCCAUAGAGAUAUCAGCUUGAGAAAAUGUAAUACUAAAAAGUGACAGAGGAUUCAUCUAAAACUAUUAUAUUUAUCGUCAAACUAUCUGAAUAUCAUAUUUAAAGCUGCUCCUUCUUGGCUGAAUGAGAAACAUGAUCCCAAAGAGGCUUUAUAAGAUAGAGUCUUUAAGUCAAAUUUUCUGUAAUCAUCAAAAUAUUCGAUACAAUGCAUUCCCAAAGUACUACUCUCUCUUAAUCACAUCUGAUUGACAUUUUCUCUUGAUCAAAGCAUUGUUAUGUUUAUUAUCAGCAUUCUCAUUUGUCUUAGA